CUCAUGUAGUUUUUCAAAAUGCACAUGCAGCUCUAUCAACGUAUGACAUAACUAGAGCACCCACGACCACCGGCGCGCCCCGAUUUCAAUGCACAUGGAUCGAUGUUGAUUGUCCUUUAGCCUAAUCGAGCACGACGCCGUCGCCGUCUCCCAACAGGGCCGCGACAACUGCAAUAAAACAGGAAGAUGAUUCUGGAACAAGUUACGGCGUCGCCCUCGCAGAGGCAGGGCAGCAAGAAGUCUUGGCAACACUCGCGACUUUUAGAGAAGUUCAAGCCGGGGAAAAGGGUUUUAUCGAGCGAAGGGGAUGUAAUACCGAUACACAUACAUCAAGCAGGAAGUAGUUCUAGGCACCAGGAUCAUCAACAACAACCGGCAAAUAAAACGACAAGUAAGAACUCCGCUCUCCUGAGAACCGGUUAUUUCCGCAUAGAAGGAGCUCCUCCUGCUGCUCCCCCGGCGGCCCUCCCGAAGGGCAACAUCCAACCCGAGGGCGAAGGUUUUAACUUAGGCGCGCUGAACAAGGGCGGGGACGGUGACAGCGAUAAGGAGCCACAGCCGACGAAUAUCACUUUCACCACGGCGACGACAAGCAAAACCAAGUCGACAAAAAAGAAGAAAAGUGACGAGAAUAAACCUCCAAAACUUGCGAGCGCUGGUUCUUCCCCUGCGGUUGAGGAGGACCACACAGCCACUAGAUCAAGUGCUGCUGCUGCUCCCCCUGCUCCCGGAGUUGUUGUAGACGCACCUCCAGCAGCCGGAGGAGAUGUUGUAGAAGUUCCCCAACAAGCGGGGGCGCAGAUAAAUCAAGGAGAAGAAGUAGCGACUGACCAGCCAGCAAAAACAUUAAACAUCGCCACACAGGACACCACGGACAUGGACUACGGUGCGGCCACGGACUACGGGACGGGGCUAGCGAAUGAACAGAGCACGGGAAACCGUGACAGUCACGCGGACGCGCAUUUCAACAUGGAGGCCAUCCGGGAGUCGCAUGCGACCAACGCGAUGGCGGACGAUAAUUUGAUGAACCAAAAUUCAUCGACUUCUCGGGGAGACAUCAUAGAGAAUUCCAAAGCCUCCACCGCCUCGCCCACGCGGCGGACCUCUGCCGCGUCCAACGAGCAAUCGGCCUCGGUGUUGCUGCGCGACAGCUCGGUAAGGCAAUCCACAACCGUAGUGACCAGGCAGUCCACGAGGGGGUCCGUGCGGGAAAGCCGAAUGAGCAACGAGCCGCCGGCGUCCAGCCCGUCCAUGGCCAGAACCACGCCGAUGAAUAGAAUGACCGCAACCGUCGGGGCACCGUAUUGAUUUGAAUACAUUGUUUCUAUUGUUAUCGGGUGAAUUUUUUGUGAUGUUAGCUUGUGGUUGUAAUGUGCUUGUGACUGCACGAUCUACUUUGUUAUGCGGCGGCGCUGACACGCAUGCGAUCGUCAUGAGCGGCGAAGUAUGCACAUGCACACGAGAUCAUGAUCUUCACUGUUUUCUUCAACAUCUUCGCAAGGACAGUUUUCGGCUUGAUGAUUCGGCGUGGUUGUAUACUAAAAUUCUACUUCUACAUGUAGUACAUCAAAGUCGACACAACAACAUCAACAUCAAAACAGCCACUUCCAGCGGACGGACUCCCAUAUCAAAUGUAAAAAUGUCUGGGUCUAGAAGAUUUCCAGGUUUGUCAUGCACAUUUAGCAUGACUCCUGAUGUCUGUGAUGCAUGCCCUAGCAUCACAGAUUGUGAGGGCUUCCUGAUGCCUAUACCGCAUGACAAAUGCUCUUUCCGUGUAGCAAAACUUAGACUCUCUUUGCUGCUCACGCAAUACAUAUUUUUUUAGAAUCCAAAAUCAGCAUGACAAGUUGGAUUCUUCCAGACCCAGACAUUUUUACAGUUGAUAUCCCAAGAGUCCGGCGCGAAUGCUCAGGAGUAUCCUCAGCAAUUCACCAUGAAGUCGCUGGUGGACGCGUCGUAUCCUGUGCAAAAGUAUCGUACUCUUUGUAGUAAUCGCAGUCAUGCAUUACAAAUCUGGUUCCUAUGGCAAAUCAGCAUGAUAAAUUCCAUUUGUCACGCUGAGCGAAUUUGUAUUGCAAUUACUACUAGUACGAUACUUUUGCAAUGCAUAGGUCGCAAGUCUCUCCGAUCUCCGCGGUCCGUGCCUCCGAGGCACCGUGGCUGCAGUCCGCCGUUCCGUACGUGGAUGAGGAUGAAGAAGUUCGGAAGUCCUCGAUAAGGAAGUCCUCGGUGAAAAACUCGGUAGUGGAACCCACCACGGCCAUGCACAGAGCGGGCAGCAGUCUGCUCAAAAGCGCGGCGGAACAGGUAUUUUGUCUUAAGGUUGUUCAGCAAGUCGUUGAUAAAUUCAUUCACUUCGCAGAAGAACUCUAAGCGGAUGCGGAUUAUCACGUCGAGACUUUUGCAUGCAGGAUUUGGAUUUGAUGGAUGAUGUCAAUAAUUGAAAAAAAUACCACAAAUUUAAGCAAAGUUACCAUUAUUUUGGGAAAAUUUUCCGAUGAAAACUACACAAUAAACAGUCACAGCCGCGGUCUUCCUCGCGGCCCACCAUUACGUCGUACCAGAUGAGUGCAAUUCAGCAGCAGCAGCAGCAGCAGCAGCAGCAGCCCCUGUCCUCUGCCCAGGAUGUUGACGAAGACACGCUUCGCCAGCGCGCCCGGGACAAAAUCGCGGGGCGGGGGAACCAGAACCAGGCCAAGAUUUUGACGGAUAAGUACGGUCUCGCCUACACCGACAAGCUCGUGCGUGGGAUCGCUAUGGAUUGCAAAAGUGUCUGGGUCUGGGAGGUUCUGAGACUUGUCAUACACGUUUUGCAUGAGCCAUGAUGUCUGUGAUGCAUGCCGUAGCAUCACAGAUUUUUCGAGGGGUCCUUGAUGCCUAUUUCGCACGACAAAUGCCCUAUCCGCGUAGCAAAAAUUGCAUUCCCUUUGCUACUCAUGCAAUACAAAUUUUUUUGGAAUCCAAAUGCAGCAUCACAAGUUGCAUUCUUCCAGACCCAGACACUUUUGCAGUUGAUAAUCGCGGAAACGAAGCAAAACGCGGCGAAUUUGACGGACAACGAAGCCGUCGGGGUGCAGCAGGCCUUAGCCGAAAAGCCGGCGAAGAUGGACUAUUUAAAGGAUGGGUGGAAGUUUUCCGGGAAAACCAAAGACGACAGCGGUCGAGUUUUAACGGAUCAUGGCGUGUACAAUCCGCAAACGGUGGUGAGCAAACCUGCGAGCUCAGCUUACUUGCAGAAGUUUUGGAAUGGCAAGGACCAAAACCACGUGAACAUUAUGGGGGACUUCCAUUUCGACGGCAAGCCGGUGGUCUUCACCGAGCACGGGGCAAUCGUGAAGGACGAAAGCAACACAUUGGGACAGAACCUGCUAUCAACAAGGGCAGAUCCCGAGGACCGUGAACUGAGUCCGGACAAGAUAGAGGAACUGAAGGAGCAGAAGCCCAAACAGUGGCCGCAGGUGAAGGAAGUUGAUAAAUCCCACAAGUAUACCACCGGGCACAAAUCGAAGGUCCGGGACAGUGCGGCGGAACGGUCGAAAUUGUUCCAAUGUCUCACCCCGACGGAGCAAACGAAGGAGAUUCAGGGCGCGACGGAUUUGGUCGCGCAGGGGAAGGAAAAAAAAGCAAAGCACCAUGACGUGAAGUCGAAUGUGGAGACUCUUGCCGGGGAACGGAAUUUACUGAAAGCGAGCAGCGAAAAGCACGACUACAAGAGUCCCAACCAUUAUUUACCGAAAGGGUACUUCCCGAACAGCGAGCUGGGGGUGAAGACCGUGGAUCGGGAAGAGCUGUUAAAAGAUGCAAAAGAGAAGCAGGUGAAGAAGUUCCCGCAAGUGAAAGCGACGACGCCGCUCCCGACGGAAUCCUUCCGGCCAGUCGCAGAUGUCGGGAAAAACGAAGUGGUCCAUCCGGGUUUUGUCCCCCUUUACGACCAGCCCGCGAAGGCGAUCAUGAAGCCCACGGCGCAAGAGCAGCAGAGACCGGUGAAGCACUGGGACGUGAAGGAUCCGAACCCCGCGGCGGAAAAGAAAGACAAUCUGCAGAUGACAGUCGCGGGGGAGAACGUCCCGCGGGUCAUGCCCCAGGGUUAUUUCGCGGGAGAGGAGGUACCAACGAGAAAUCCGAAUUCGAUCAUUUUGAAGAUCCCGAAGGACCCGAAGGACCGGAAAAAAGCGAAGAGGCACCCGAAAGUGCAGGAGGUGCAGCGCGACCCGAUGAAGCCGGCAGAUCCGAACAAAGAGUUCACCCCGCACGCGAUCGACGCGGACCAGCACUACAAAAAAAUUCUGAAGGGCGAGGUGCCGAAAACCACCAAGAAAGAGAUCGUCGAGAAGGGAAAGAGAAUCAAAAAGGUCAAGCAGUUUGAGGAGCCGCAACUGCAGCAGGCGGCGCUGCUUUUACACGACGGGGCGACGGUGGGGCGAGAGGACAUCGCGGUGGCGCAACUGGCGCACCAUAGGAAAGCCUUGGACCGGAGGAAACAGGGCUACAACGCAUUGCUGAGCACGAUCAAGCAACUGACCGACGUUGUCGUGAAGCAAAUCCAGCACAAGGAGCCGCAAUUAACCGAGUUCUGCACGAAGAACGGGUUUUACAAAAACGCGGACCCCGGAUCCCGGUGGGCGAGGUUGGUGUUCCACAGUCAGAAACGGGAUUUUGAAGAGCAGGCCAUGCGAGAACGGAGGAAACGACUGGAAGAGGUGGAAAAGGGGAAGAGGAAGAGGAAAUACGACAAAGGUAUUAAUUCUAUCAACUCUUCCUCGAAAGAUAGCACGAAAGAGGCCGCAAUUUCAUCCAAGAAAGGAGUGUUGGCGAGCUUUGGAGGGGGCGGAAAAAAUCGGACCACCGCCGUCGCGAGCAAAGCAGCGUCGAAAUCAUCCAUGAAGUCGUCACGGAAAUCUUCGUCGAAAUCCUCGAGAAAGAGAAGCAGUAGCUCCUCAUCUUCGAGUAGUUCGUCCAGUAGCUCCUCUAUGACAGUGCACAACUCCCCCUCGGCCUCAUUUGUAUUGCAUGAACGACAAGACAAGCCUCAGCAAGAAUGCCAGUUCUGCAUGACAAAUUUACACGGGACGGUAGUGCUGUUUCGGCUACCAGAACUUGUCAUGCAAACAGGGCCAAGAGAAACAGACCGGAUUUGGGAUUUUGCAUGACAAAUGAGGGGGAGGGAUUGUUGUGCACUUUCAUAUCCUCUUCGAGUAGCUCCAGCAGCUCUUCCUCCAGCAGCUCCAACACCUCUUCCAGUUGAUGAUGGAGAAGCACUGUGUGCUGGUCGUGAUACUGAUCUCUGUUGCUGUUUAUCAGCGCCGAAGAUUUUGGGUCGACGUUUCUAUUAUUAUUUUUCUCCACAGAUCGCUGUAACUGUUUAAAUUACAAUUAGUUGAUGACGCAUAACGUGAUAAUUCUUUGAGCACAACCAGCACUUGUUUAAGAGAAGCACUACCAUCUAACCGGCCGAAGAUGCUGGAGCUCAGGGCCACGCUGAGUUCUUUCUUCCGCGACGGUUCGUCGUACUUUUACAGUAAGUAUUUUAUCUGCAGCGACAACGUGCUAAUGCUAUCGACGAGUAGGAUCAUCGUGAUUUUAUUGUGUACAACUGCCAGACAACAGGUUCGAACUCGAAGUUCGUUUGAAAUUUCAAAACUACAAU